AUGAACUUAUUGUGGAAAUUCUGUAUUGAAUUUGUAAUAUUAUUACCAUUGACAAAUACAUUAUCCAUCAUCCCAACUUUGAACCGAAAUCCAAUUUAUUCAAAUUCAUUAUGCAAUCAAAAUUUCACAAUAUUUAAUAAUCCUUUAAUUCCAAGAAUAUUGGGUAACACCGAUACUUUACAAAUAUGUCACGAUAUCGAAAAUGCUAUUAGCUAUGAAUCACAAGUAUUCUAUUUAUAUGAUCCAAGAUAUUAUGACGACAUUCAUCAUUAUAGUAUUAGUUCAACUAAUUUUUCAGUUUGUAGUGUUGAACCUGGUACAACUAAUGAUUUGGCAAUUAUUAUGAAAAUAAUUGGAAAAAAUCGUGUUCCAUUUGGUAUCAAAAGUGGUGGACAUAGUUUAAAUCCUGGAUUUAGUUCAACAAAAGAUGUUCAUAUUUCUAUGCUACGUUUUAGCCAAGUUAAUUAUAAUCCAACGGAUCAAACUGUUGAUGUCGGUCCAGGAUUAGUUUGGAAUGAUGUUUAUAAACAACUACAACCAUUCAAUGUCAGUGUUCUCGGUGGUCGCGUUUCUAAUGUUGGUGUUGGUGGAUUUCUUCUUGGUGGUGGUUAUGGAUGGAAAUCAAAUCAAUAUGGCCUUUCUAUUGAUACUAUAUUGGAAUAUGAAUUAGUAACACCAAAUGGUACAAUUGUAAAUGUUAAUAAUCAAACAUAUCCCGAUCUAUAUUUUGGUCUUAAAGGUGGUUUAAAUAAUUUUGGUAUUGUUACAAAUUUUAAAAUGCGUGCAUUACCACAAACUCUGGUAUAUGGUGGUGUACUUUUGUAUGAUUUCUUAGAAAUAAAUAAUAUAUUAAAUGCUGCUGUUAACUUUCAACAUAAUAAUCAAGAUCCAAAAGCUCAAAUUUUAUGUGAUUUCACCAGUCUUGGGGGUUCAGUUGCUAUAAAUAUAAUUGCAUUCUAUGACGCUCCAACAGCUCCACCGAAUACAUUCGAUAUAUUUACAUCUAUUGCGCAUCUUGGCAAACUUCAAACUCGUUCAUUUUUAUCUCUUGUUCAAGCAUCACCGGUUGUUAUUACAGAAAAUAUGCGUGGCCGUUUUCAUACAAUAUCAGUUUCAAAUAUUAGCAAACCAGUAGUGGAAAAAGUACGAGAUCUAUUUAUUGAAUAUACUUUAGCAAGUAUUCCAUAUGGAAGAACUUUGGUUAAUUUUGAUGUUGAACCAUUUCUCCCAUCUUAUUUUGAAAAGUCACAAGGUGGUGCAUAUCCUCAUUCACCAUCGAAUCCACUUUUUCCCAUCGUGGUUCAGUUUGGUUGGCAAUCAGAAUUAGAUGAUCAAGUUUUUAUUAAUGCUACUCAAACAGUGGCAGAAGCUAUUUUAGAAGCAGCAAUUCAAGAUGGUCAAGAUCUUAGUGGUUCAAAAGAAAUUCUUUAUCCAAAUUAUGCACUUGACAAUACUCCAUUAAUUAAAAUGUAUGGAAAAAAUCUUGAUCGAUUAAAAUCUAUUCGUCAACAAUGGGAUCCAGAAAAUAUUAUGUAUCUUACUGGAGGAUUUAAAUUCUAA